AAGCACAAAAAAUAUUCUAGCUGGCGAAUUGCAGAAACAUUUAAUCUUUGAACUCCAAGUCCAUGUUUGCUAAUUAAGAUAAAGGGGUAUGGCGGGGUAUGAGUUUUUGAUGGUGAGAUAAAAUAACAAGAAGCUCGAAUUCCAAGUUUUUGUGAGAUAUAAAGCAAAACAUUAAGUACAUGAAACCUGACAGAGCUACAAGUGCGCGAUGCUCAAACUAAAACGCGUAUUAAUUUUGAACCCUGCCAGGCAGAUUAUAAUUCGAUCUGCCAGCACCAUUCUUGUGAAUUUGAGUUACGAUUCUGAGACGCACAUAUUCACGUCCAACCUUACUGUCGAAGUUCCGGACAAAACCGUCAGCGAGUUUGUCUGGCAGGACAUUGCAAAAUGGGAACAUCAACCAGCAUUGACUUGUGGAAUCACUGGGAAAAAUUAUACGUAUGGACAAGUGAAGGGCGCAAGCGCUGCGUUCGGAAUUAACCUAGCCAAUGACUUGAACCUGAAAACGGGCGAAACUGUUGGGAUUGUUUUGCCCAACAUGCCCGAGUUCCCUGCAACUUAUUUUGGCCUGGCUGCAGCUGGACUGGUCGCCACCACAGCCAAUCCAAUUUACACUCCGACGGAAUUGAGUCACCAGUUUACUGACGCCAAAGUUCGCGCGGUGGUGACCACCCCUGAACUCCUGGACAAGGUCAAACAGGCCCUGGAGAUGACCUCAGCCGGUGGGGGUCACGUGAUUGUCACAGGCGAAGGAAAUGCACAUGACGGAUGCAUCAGUUUCGAGAACCUGAUUAAAAAGAGCACAAAGGGAGCAAGGAUACCUGAGCGACCUGACCCAGAUUCGAUCGCGUGCCUUCCCUAUUCUAGCGGAACUACCGGAAAACCAAAAGGGGUCAUGUUGACUCACAGGAAUUUGGUCACCAAUCUCUGCCAAAUCAAUCACCCUGAAGUUUUUGUGAAUGUUAGCAAACCAGGCAAACUGCAAGCAAAAGCCCUUUCAAUUCUGCCCAUGUUCCACAUUUACGGCCUAAACGGAGUUAUGAACCUCGCACUGUACCGGGGACACCACCUAAUAACCCUUCCACGUUUCGAGCCGCAAACCUUCGUGGAAACCAUCAAAAAGUACAAUCCAAACACUGUUUGCAUGGCUCCGGCUCUGAUCGCUUUUGUAAGUCAAACUUCUGACUUGACCUCUGAAGAUUUAAAAGGACUGCAAAUAGCAAUGAACGGAUCAGCUGCUGUGCCAACUUCCAUCGCCGACCAACUGAAUACAAAAAUUAACAAUCCUGAAUUCAUUUUGAAAACUGGUUAUGGACUAACGGAAACGUCCUGUUGUGCUUCAAUGACGCCAACCACGCUCCGACCGGGAAAAAUAGCCUCGUGCGGAAUGAAUAUUCCACUGUCCGAAGUAAAAAUCGCGGACGAAACCGGACGCGCCCUUGCCCAGGGAAAAACAGGCGAGUUGCUGUUCAGAGGAAAGAACGUGAUGAAAGGGUACCUGAACAACGAAAAAGCCACCAGAGAGACCAUCACGGAGGACGGGUGGCUCAAGACUGGAGACAUUGCCUACGUGGACGACGAAGGGUACAUUUUUGUCGUUGGAAGGAUGAAAGAACUAAUCAAGGUCAAGGGAUUUCAGGUUUCACCUACGGAAUUGGAGGAACAGUUGGUUAAAAUCUCCGGCGUUUUGGACGCGGCUGUGAUUGGCGUGGCCGAUGAAAAAUCUGGCGAAGUGCCAAAGGCCUUCUUGGUGAAAAAGAGCGACAGCAGUUUAUCAGAACAAGAAGUGAUGGAUUUCUUAAAAGACAAAGUUGCGCCUUACAAACAACUGAAAGGUGGUGUCCAGUUUGUAAGUGUGAUACCCAGAAAUCCCUCCGGAAAAAUUUUGCGAAAUGAGCUCAAGUCAUUAUAAAUUAAGCAAAGCAACUCGUUGCGAUUCCCUAUCAUUUCAUUUUUUAAGAAAACCGCAGAAUUGUUUGUGAUAUAAUUUUGAUAAAAAUUUAAAAAAAGUAAAUGUUUUUUUCUUCAGAAUAAUUGCUGAUCAUAUUUGAUAAAAGAAACCCUUCUGCAAAAACUAUGUUGUGCAAUAUGUUAAUAAUGUGAUCAUUAUCUAAUUUCCCGCUUCAAGCACCCAAAAUUUUUAAUCUAUAUUUUAUCGAGAGUUGUUCUGCUCAAAGUUUAAUUAAAAAUGAUUCAAACUAUGAUCAAAGCCUUUUUCCAAACCAUAUAAAUAUUCACAGUUGAUAUACAUUUUGAAAUACUACAAUCGUAAGCCUAAAAUUAAUAAUAAUUAUUGUGAAAAGUGAGAGAAAAUAAUAUGUAAAACAACACGAUUAGUAUGUAAAAAAAAAGCAUUCCAGCAUAACCUUGUUAUUAGCAGGUCGGCAGGAUUAAAAAUAGUGCUAUAUGCUAUUAUUUAAAAAAAAAAACUCAGGAGAUUUAACUGAUAUUCUUUACUCUUGUUAAGAUUAAAAUCUUUGUUUUUAUGAAAAAUACACACUUUAAAACUAUA